CUGGUACUCUGCAGUGAUGCUGCUUACCAGCCAGGAGCCGUUCAUAGCUGUAGCAUCAUGCACCUAGCAGGCCUUUUUUUUUUUUUUUAACUAAAAACAAAAUUUUAACAUUCAGCUUGUCUUUUAAUAUGUUGCAAACAUAUCAACACAGAUAUUUUAAGGAUAUUUUAAAUAUGUAAAGGAAAAAUUAUUACAUUUAUAGGUAUCAUUAACAAUAUGCUUACAGAGAUAGUUUAACAUCAUGAUAUGAUCUAAAUGAUUCUCUUAAUUUGGAGAAAUAUCACAAAGUUACAUUUUUAAACUGGUAAUUUUGGUUGUCACUAGAAAGGGGAUCUAGGAAGAUUGAGGAGAUUCCAUUCUUUUUCACAUGGAUCUUCUUACCCAUGUGAAGUUUGAAAUACGUGUUACCUGUUCAGGGAUGAGACUCUCUUAAGUUCCUGUCAUAGCUAAGCUCAGAUUUGGUGAGAGUGAGGCAAAGAGGUGAAGAAGAGAUCUCCAGAGAUCAUAUUAGAGAUUCCAUCCAGUGCCUCAGUCUCAGCAAGUUUUGGUUGAAUAAAUGAAGACACUGUCGAGGCCGUGUGCCACUCUGGAGUGGAAGGCCUAGCGGUGAGGGUUCUCUUGGUUUCUUGAUGUUCCAGGAUCCUGGUUUGAGCUACUAGGUCCUUGUUUUAGACAUUUCCUAUAGAAAUCUGUGCUCAUAAGGUUUCUGUCCUUGUGACAAAAUAUCUGAGAAUAGUGCCUUUUCCUCUUUAGAGAGGAAAAUUUAUUUUGGGUCAUGAUUUCAGAGGUUUUAGUCCUUUGCCAGCUGGCUCCGUUGCUUUCAGGCCUGAGACAGGGUGGAAAUGUCAUAGCAGAAGGGCAUGUGGGAGGAAAGCUGUUAGUGUCAUGCCUACCAGGAAGCAGAAAAAGACAAAACAGAGGACAAAGAUACAGUCCCAGGGACACGCGCAUAUGACCUUUCUCUGUAGGUCCUUCUCUUCAAUUUUUGUCACCUCACAUUAAUGCCAUCCUAGAAUUCUGUCAGGGGAUUAGUCAUCUAUGAAAUUAAAGUUGUCAUGAUCUCUGAUCAUUGGGGCAUGUUUAGGUCCAAACAGGACCUAACUGCUGGGAGAGUGACUUGCAGCUGAGUUUACCUAAUGCCAUCUUCUCCUGCGGGCAGUCAGAAUCCUAGAGGGGAUUGGGCCUUUCUUCCUGCCUCAUUCUAGUGAAAGAAACACGAGCUUUCCAUGAAGCAGGUUUGAAUUCAGAUUCCCACCUAUCCACCAGCCUGCAGUGCUCCCCCUUGGACAGUUUGUUUAGCUUUUAGCCCCAUAUCUUCAUCUGAAAAUCAGUAGGAAAUUUCUGUGUUUGUGUUUUGCAGUGCUAGGGAUGAAACACAGGGUCUCAUGCAUGGUGAGCAAGUGCUCCACAACUGAGGCAGCCCCAGCCUUUAAAAUUUCUGAAAGCUGACUUCUUAAACACUUACAUGCCAGUAUCUAUGCAGUAUCUUGCAUACCUUAGAAUUUUUUAUCUUGUUUGAUUUUUUUAUAAUUGCCAACUUGCAAAAAAAGUAUAAAAUAAUGUAAAGUGUAGGAGAUGAUCAAGGUGGCUCCCCUUGAAUGCAGAACAAUUACUGUAGUAUUAGUUAAACUAAACCUUGUCUGUAGGUACUGAUAUGUAUAGAACUGGCUGUGUUAUUUUUUUUUAAAUUGGCUGUAAGCAGUAUAAGUAAGGCUAGCUAAGGUAUUGAUACAUAAUCCUUGAAACCACCUGACAGUUUUCACACCAUGUUUUUUUUAAUAAACAUUUGAGCACAGUGGGUGGCAGAGCCACAUAGCUCCAGGAAUGGGUUUGAGCUACAAAUAAGAGGCCAUGACUUCCCAGGGCACAAAAGUUUACAUAUCAGAAGCUGAAGCAACAGCCUCCUAAAUCACUCAAAUGCUACCUCAGUUGAGUUAUGCAUCUUGGUCUUUGUGCACACCCUUCUCCUGGAGUGUGGCAGAGGCGCUUGCUCUCCACCUGGCCAGCUCAGCUCACAUUGCUCAUGUAAUUCCCACCAAUCUCACCAUCACUCCCUUCUUCAUGAGAUAGUAAAUUCUGGAUGAGGCCUUGGGUCAAGGCCUUUGUUCCUGUACCCUCAGCUGGACCAUAUGCAGGACCCCUUGGCUGCUCAUAACUUUGAAUAGAUGCUAAGGCAUCUUUAUUUUCACUGUGGUUGCGCUGAUGGUGAUAGAUUAAAAUUAACUCACCAGGAUUCCAAUAAUAUUUCAAUGGGAAUACAAAUAUAAAAUCUUUCAAGCCAUAAAAAACAAAAAAAAAGAUAAUUGCAAUAUUUAGAUUGUAGUAUACAAUAUUUAAUUUAUAAUAGUAAAGCUUUCCCAUCACUCAGAUUCCCUAGCUGUUAACAUUUUACUGUUUUCUUUUCCAUGUCUAUAUCUUUUUUUAACCAUUUUUGAGUAAAUUUCAGGUAUGAAACCCCUCUCCUUUUAAGUAUUUCAUCAUAUUUUUUGUUAAAAAUAAGAAAAUUACCUUACCAUAAGCACAAUACAAUUAUCAAAAUUAGGAAGUUAAUAUUGGUUCAGUCAGAUACUGUCUGAUCUAUAGAUCUGUUUCAGGUUGUACAAAACUGGCUCAAUAAUGUUCUUGAGAGAAAAAAGGAAAAAACCCAGGAUCAACUGGAACAGAUUAUGUGUUGCAUUGAGUCUGUCUUACUGUUUUAUGACACUGACUUUUUUUUUUUACACUGACACUUUUGAAGUAUGUAAGUCAGUUAUUUUGUAUUAGUCUGAUGUUCUGUUCCUUCAUGAUUAGAUUCAGAUCAUAUGCAUCUUGUUAAGAUACCAGUCUUACAACUUUUAUUUUGAUGAUUGUAUAUUUACUUGCAUUUAUAAGAAGUGAUAGAGAGAGACCCGUACCCUGCACUCAUUUUUCUCCAGUGGUAAUGUCUUGUUUAACUAUAAGAAAUGGCCUCUGGUGAUGUCACCAUAUCUUACCUCAGCAAAUGUGCUAGAUAUGCAGUGACAUCCUUUGGUGGUUUAAUUCUCAUUUCUACAAGGAGUACUGAUUUUGAACAUAUUUUAAUGUGUUUGUCAUCUGAAUAUUGUCUUUAGUGAAAUGUCUAAAUAUGUCUCUUGCCUGUUUUGUGCCUACAUUGUUUUUGCCGUUGGGUUUUGAGAGCUUCGUAUAUAUCCUAGAUACAAACCCUUUUUGGGAUACAUGGAUUUGCAAAUAUUUUCUCAUCAUCUAUAAUUUGUCUUUUCAACAUCUUAAUGAGGCCACUUGGGGAUCAAAAAUUCUGAUAAGGCUUAAUUUAUGAAGUUUUCUUUUUUAUGAAUUACACUUUUAGCGUCAUCAAAGUAUAAAUAAAAUUCUGGUUAGCCCUAAAUAUCCCACAGAUUUCUCUCCUUGUCUUUUCUACAAGUUUUAUAGUUUUACACUUCAAGUUUAAUUCUGCAGUGCAUUUCGUUGAAACUUUUCCUGUUUUGCAUUGUUUAGUACUAUAAGUUAUCCACACUUCUUUAGCUGUGUACCACACUUUUAACAUAGAUUUUCAUUCACCUCUUUGCAUUUUUUCUUUAGAAACUUUCUUUUUGACCCAAGUAUUAGUGUGUUUAACUUUCACUUGUUGAGAGAUUUUGCUGUUGUGUUAAUGGUAAUUGAUUUCUAGUGUGAUUCAAUUAUCAGAGAAAUGCGCUUUUUUUGGUGGUGGUACUGGGAAUUGAACUCAGGGCCUGGUGCAUGCUAGGCAGGCCCUCAAUUUUUAUCUCUUUCUUGAGGUUUGUGAUCUAGCACAGUAAUGGCAAAUCUGUGGCAUGUGUGUUAUUGUGUCUUCUUUUAAGGCAAAAGAUGUUAAUGUAGCAUUGUUUUUUCUAACCCCAAACCUCAGUAUUCAGGUUUAAUUGCAGCACUGGCAGUAAAUGAGUUGUGAGUUGCAGUUAGCACUGUCUCUGAAAGGUUCUCAUCACUGGUCUAGGAUGUGGUCUAGCUUGGCGACUGUCUCAUAGUUGCUUGAAAAGCUCUGUUCUGCUGUUGAGUGGAGCUGGAUCUGUGCACUCAGCCUGCCUGCGUGAGGAGCUGGCCGGGAGCUCAUUUUCAUUCUCAGCGGUGGUGGGACCAGGAUGGGGGAGGACAGUGAGGCCCUCUUUGGGUCUGAAAAAGUCACCUUGUGACACAUUUUAAGUAAAAUAACCAGGAACUACUCUAACAUGUUAUUUUCGAUUAAAUAAAACAAAAACCUGUAAGUAAUGUGCUGAUUGUACAGUACCCAGAGACCUGCUAUUGGAAGAUAGUACUUUAAUUAGCACCCAGCAUGGGGCCUGAGUGUGACGGAAUAAACAUCAUAGCAAUCACCAUCUGGCACAGGCCACUAACGGGGACUCUUGUUUCUUAGCAUUCAUUUUGCUGCUCCUUCCAAAGCGUCCCUUCCAGACAAUGGAGUGUUGGAAAGUGAUGUUCUGACCUUUUUUCCUCCUUCUCUGUUUCCUGAGAUUGAGAAAUGCUUAAUGAAAUUUUUAUGUGGCUUAAAAAGCUUAGUUUAUUAAAGUUUAAUAAGAAAGUGGCAGCAACUUGACUGGUUGAAACCUUUGGCUACCUUAAAAAGAGGAGACAGAACUAUUAGCAAAAGAAAAACAGUUUAGGGAGACUGAUUUUUGGCUGCAAAAUAUUACAAUGAAGUACAGUUCUCUCUGCAGAAUAUGCUAAAGAUAGGGGCUGGGGAUUUAGCUCAGCGGCAUAAGUGCCUCCCUUGCAAGCGUGUGGUCGUGAGUUUGAUCCCUGGUACUGGUAAAAAAAAAAAAAAAAAAAAGAAUAUGCUAAAGGUAAGUACCUUUUGCAUCUUCAUAGUCAUUCCUGAAACCAUUUUACAUGUGACAUGAAAAUCUCUGCAUGCAACUAUUACAGUACAUCUAAAUAUUAUGUUUAGGUACAGAUAAUUCAUACAGCUGAUGAUAAGGAUAAAUACUACCUUCAGAUUAAUGCUAUUUGCUACGUUUACUUUCUGAGAAAUGUAAGUUAUUUUACGAUAUUUUGGUUAAUAUUGCAGCACCAGUGUAGGAGGCCACGUACUGGGGAUUGAACCUAAAAGCUUAUGCAUGCCAGGCAAAGCACUGUACCACUCAGUUAUUUCUCCAGCCCUUCUUAUGUUCUAAUUUAAAAACAGAACCCAAGCAAGCUGUCCUCAAAAUCACAGUCCUCUUACUUAAGCUUUCUGAAUAGCUAGAAUUUCAGGCAUGUGCCACCAUCUCUGGCUAACACUGCAUCAUUAAUAUCAAAGUCACCAAAUUUGAUUGCUAGCAUAGAACAAUAAAAUUUUAUUUUCUAUUGAAGAAAAGGGUAAGUAUUAAAAAAUUCUAACCUAAUGGACUCCUCAGUUUAGAAUACCUUAUGAAAAUUUUCUGAGGAAAUGCAUAAAAUUUCUAACAUUUAAAAUAUACAAGAGCUUCUUACCUUAACAUAUGCAGAAUUUACCCAAAAAUUGUAUACACACUUGAGGAAAAGAAAAAAUUUACAUAAAUAUUUUAAUACUAAAUUUAUUGAGACAUUAUAGAUUCAUGCACGUUACCUUUGACCUCUACAAUUACAAGAAGUGCUCACAGUGGCGGCCAUUAGCUUCUAGACACUCAUUAGUACAGCAAACUGCUGCUUGGGCAGCCUUGGUCACUGAGAUCCUGCACAUGCAUUUUCAGUUUCUUCUCUGAGGGCAGGCAAUGCAGUGGGUUUUCUGCAGCAUAUGACAUCCCCAGGGUCCUCAGUAAGAGGAUAACACCAUCGGUUGAAAAAACAUACUACUAUUGUUCUUUUCCUGAAGUGUGUAUACAUAUUUUGGGCAGAUUCUGUAUAUAAAGAAUUCUUAGACUUUAUAAAUGUCUCAAGGCUACUGGAAUGAAAUUAAUUGCCCAUUUUCAUCUGAGAAAGUCAGUAUGUAUUAACUGGAGCAUUUAGUUGCCUGUCAUUUGGAAGUCCAUGGAGUAUCCCUGUGUCAGGAGAAAGUGAAUACUUUGUAUUUAAUCUCUGAAAAAUGAUGGAUUCAAAACAUUUUCUUUCCAAAUUGGGAAUGGGUGGAAGUUUUGGAUAUACUAUCAAGAUGUUUCUUCUAAGAAAAAAUUAAAUGAUCAGAAAAAGCAUAUCUCUGUUGUCAUCAUUGGAUAAUAGAAUGAAUUUUGUUGAUUGUGGUUUUUAGGAUUUAAUAAUUCCAGAAGAACAAGAAAAGAAGAAUAGGUGUCUGUCCUGAGAAGUUAUUGUUUUAGUAGUUUUUUUAGAUAUUGCAAGUACUUUUUCAUGUUCUGCUAUUACGAUCAAUUUAUAUAAAUGAAUAACACUUUCCAUAUACAGACUUUGUCUUCUAAAUGUUAUAUAGCAAGCACUUAAGAUUUAAAUUUUUUAAGCAGAAUAUACUGUUAAAGAGGAGUAUUUUGAAGACAUUCAUUUCUAGAUCCUUUGGCAUGGCACAGCAUCAUGCUGACUUAGUUAAGUAGUUAAAGGAGUCAAAGGACGAGCUCACAUUCAAUUGGAAGGCAGACAGUUGCAGUCCAGAUCCGGUAUGGUAUGAGGGUUAUUCCUUUGGGACAGAAUGAUUCUGCUCUUCAUGAGUCAUGGCCACUUCACAGGGAGAUCAUGACAUUUGAGCUUAAUUUCAAAGGGUGAAUAAGACGUCAUCAGACAGAGACCAGGAGGAAAGCCAGAUAGAGAUCCUUUUCUACCAAGCCAUGGAGAAAUAAGAGUAGAAAAUUGAACGGUGAGGCCUGGGGAAUAGUGGGGAGAGGGAAAGAUGGUGCGCCAGCCAUAGAUGAAUAAAUCAACAGUGACAAACAAAGGCCUUGAACCCCAUUCUGAGGAAUUCAGACCAGAUUCUCUAAGCAGUCUUAGUUGAAUCUUACCCUGAAGAGUUUAGACUGUAUUUUCUAAGUAAUACUAGAGUAUGAAGAGCCUGAAUUACAUUCUGAGGAGUUUAGAUGUACUGUCUAAGCAGUCAGGGUUCUGAGCAAGAUGUUCUAACAGCAGAGCCGUGUGAGACGUUCCUGGUAGACGAGAUUGAGAGGAGGGACCCUAGAGGAAGACACACAGCAGCGGAGAUGCAUCGGCUUCUCUGAGACUGGCAGGAGUUAUGGGGCACAGGCAGAUGACUCUAGGGAGACAGAGACUUGUCUUUUGAAAUAAAAGAAUGGUGGUGAUGAGAGAGCGAAUGAAGAAUGGUGCAGACGACGGAAAGAUUACAUUCACAACACCUGGGUUUCACCAGUGUUUGAAAGAGAAAAUCCUGCUGUCCCGUGACGCAGACCUCAUUCUGUGUGUAUGGCAGAGUUCUGAUUAUUGACCUGAAUUAUUUUCAUCAAUGACUGGUCCUCAGUAGACAGAAUUUGAACAAAUUACUCCUAUUAAAUCAAGCAACAUGAGUUGUUUUAAAUUGUUUUCUACCAAUUUAAAACAUAUUUGAUAUUGCAUUCAACUAUAGAAUAGGGUUCAACGAGGUGGAUUGGGCAGAUUUCACCAAGUGAAACAAGAUAGCAUUUGGCCCCUGACCAUUAGUCCCUUGAGAUUUUAUAAUGUAGACUGUCUGUCAAACAUUGUACACUGGAAAAAAGACUGGGCUACACAGCCGGGACUGAGGAUCUAGUCCCAAUAGUUUUUUUAAUGAUGGGUAGAUCACCUCUGGUCCCUUGGGGCUUGGUUCUGAUUUGUAAAAUGAUACAUUCCCCUGGUUUUGUAGUGAAACCUUGAGUUUUAUUAUCUGACGAGUGGGGCACAGUCAAAUACCGAGAUGCAAAGGAGGAUGCUGAGGGUGCAGCUUAGCGGUUGACUGCUUGUGUAGCACCCAAAGACCUGCCUUUGAUCCUCAGGAAAAGAGGGAGGAAGAGGGAGAAAGAGAGAGACAGAAAGGAGAGAGGAGAGUAAGUAGCUAGAGCAUAAUAGGAAAAGAAACUAGAGUUGUAGCUUAUCCUUGUUUAGUGACUUUCUCUUAACAGUCACACACCAUAUCUGCUACCAGAUACCCGUAUGUGGGUUUUUUCAUGCACCAAGCAAGCAGUCUUGCAGCUUGGAGCGAGCAGUACCCAGUGAUUUGGUUCAGUUCUAAUACUAUUUGCAGAUAGUGAGAGAUCUCACAGACUGACACCACUUCAUUGCCAGUCACAAACGCCAGACUGGUUAACCUGUGCUUUUCACUGACUGACUGUAAAUUGGGGUUCUGGUGAUUCCCUAUUGGGGAUUGAUUAACUAGGGCACAUUUAAUGGUAUAAGUAUAAAGGAUGUUAAAAGGAUACAAAUGAAGAAGUAUGCACAUGGAAAUCGGCUUGGAGCUCACACCCCCUCCUCCACCUUCACCUGUUGGGCUGCCUGGAAGCUCUCCAAACCCAGUCAUUUUGUGGGUUUGUGGCUUUAUGAUGUAGGCAUGGCUGAUUGACUCAUUGGCCAUUAGUGAUCACCUCCUCUCUCUUCCCCACAGUUGGAAGGGUAGAGUUCAAAAGUCCCACUCCUUCCCCCAAGCAUGCCUUGGUCUUAACUAUGACCGCCUGAAGCCACCCAGGGUUGCCAGCUGGCUGUCAACUUAUGAAUAUGCAAAAGACACUUACCACUUCAGAGAUUCCAAGGAUUUUAACAGUUGAAUGCCACUGGGUGUGGUAGUGCAUGCCUGUAAUUCUAGCACGUGGGAGGAUAAGACAGAGGGUUGCUGCAAGUUGUAGGCCAGCCUGGGCUCCACAGUGAGCUCAAAGGCAGCAGCUAUAGCUGCUGAACUACAAACUGUAAAUGCCACCAGAAAACAAACCAAAUAUGUAUUUCUCAGAUUCACAGUCUCAAACUGUAGUAUACAGAAGAAUCAUGUGGAAAUACUUUUUCCUUUUUUUUUUUUUUUUUGUUUUGUUUUUGGUAAUGAGGACUUUUUAUACUUGCAAAUUCCCAAGACACACAGACACACAUAUGUGUGUGCUUCUGUGCUGUCUGAUUCAGCAGACCUGUGUAGGGCCUCCUUAAUCAGUUUGUCAUCCAAACAAAUUAGGUAAUCUCUUUGCAUCAGUGUCUUCUGUCAAAUGGCAAAAAUAUAGUUGUGUCUCAUAAAAUAAUUGUGAAGAGUAAAUGUAAAGGGCUUACAACAGUACCUGGUGGGGGCUGGGGAUUUAGCUCAGCGGCGUAAGCGCCUGCCUUGCAAGCAGGCAGUUGUGAGUUCCAUCCCUGGUACCGAUAAAAAAGAAAAAGACAAAAAAAAAAAAAAAAAAAACAACCGUACCUCGUACUGUACAUGCAAUGUACUAAAUAAAUCCUAGUUACUAUAGAUAUUAUUAUUUCAUAUCAUCAUCACCAUCAAACACCAAAAGAAGAUUUAAUGCAUUUAUCCCCUUGAAAAAUAGUGAUUUAAUAGCAUGGUGUUUAGGUAAAAAGGUAAGAGUCUUUAAUUAAAGUGCUCUUCAUGAAGGGAAAUUACACUUUUAGGUAUUUGAGUCAGUGGGAUACAGUGUUAGAACCACCUGGGUGUAAAUGCAUCUCUAGACUUAAAGAAAAGACAAAAAAUGUAUGCGUAUGUGUGUAACUGAAGUUUACCAUCAUCGAGUGAUGGGAAGUGUCAGAAGGGUUUAAAACUCAAGAGAUAAUCCAGAGGAAGAUGGUAGCACUAAAUCCAGGCUCAAAAGAAAAUACUGCAUAAACGUACUGCACAUUAACAUCAGACGUAGAAAAAACGAACUUUUAUUUUGGCCCGGAUACUGGAGGAGCUGAGCUAGGCAGUUAGCCUAAAGAACGCAGUAAGGGACUUGGGAGAGGCGACCCGCCAAAGAAUGGAUGCAACAACCUAAAAUGAAUGUUUAAAUGCAGAAUAUAAAAUAACAUGGAGAAAUAAUCAGAUAAAAUGAAAGGGAAGGCACUGGUUGUAACUGGAUGGAUAGUUAGACUAGUGAAUAAAUCUAAGAAUUUGAGAACUGUGUAGGGUCUGAGGAUUUAGCUCAGCAGCAUAAGCACCUGCCUUGCAAGUGUGCAGUUGUGAGUUCGAUCCCCAGUACCAAUUAAAAAAAAAAAAGAACUGUGUAAAGUUGGAUCAUAAUGAGAAUACCUUCAGAUAUUUUUCUGAAUAUAGACAAAAUGUGAAAUGCAUAUGGAAGAGUAAGCAGCUAAGAGUAGCCGGAAGAACACUGAGAGGGAGAAGCAAUGGUUGACGGCUAGCCACACCGAGUUGUCUAAUACAGCGUAGCCACACCAAGUUUAUAGUACAUAGUAAAAUUUACUGUUUAAAAGCGUGUUAAAAGUUAAAUCACCCUUGCCCGUCCCCACCUCUGCCCGCCAAAGUCUGCGCGCGAAAUCCGUGGCGCCAAACUGGGACUGCCGGGUUCGUCGCGCCAAGCGAGUGCGGUGUUUGGGGCAGCCGCGCACCAGGGACAGCUGACAAAAAAAAAACCCAAAAAUCCUGGAAAGGAGAAUUCUAGUGCCAUCAUGCAGCGGAGUAUCAUGUCAUUUUUUUACCCCACCAAAGAGGGUAAAGCAAAGAAGCCUGAGAAGGAUACCAACAAGGGCAGCGGCAGAGAGACAGAGCCCCCUCCAAAGGCGGCACUGAAGGAGCAGAAUGGAGUGCUGCCUGAUAGUGACUCUCCAGUGAAGAGGUCAGGGAGGAAGGCAGCGUGGGUCUUGAGCAGCGAGGGAGAGGAAGAAGAUGAAGCCCUCAGCCCCACCGAAGACCAGAAACCUGAGCCAGAUUCCCCACAGGGGUCCCCGCCCAACCUCGCCAAAUGUCCCAAGAACAGCCCUUCCUUCUGCACCUCCCCGAUGGACAUCUCCUCUUCAGGAAUACCAAAGCGACUCACGGCUCGGAAACAGCUCCCGAGACGCAUUCAGGACGUCUUGGAGGAUCAGAAUGAGGACAAAGACAGAGAAGCCAAGAAGAGGAAGGAGGAAAAAGAAGCAGAGACUCCAAGAGAAAGCCCCACAGAGACUGAAGCGGCAACAGUGAAGGAAGAAGAGGAGGGGGAUCAGCCCUCGACACCCCCUGAGCCCCCCAAACCCCCCAAAGCAGAAGCCCCAGCAAAGACAGAAGGUGUUUCCACACCCAAGGUACCCCAGAAGCAGGAGCCACAGGAAAAGAACCAGAGCAAGGCUGCCCCCAGAGUCUGCAGGACCCUCAGCAGUUUCUUCACACCCCGGAAGCCAUCGGUCAAAACCGAUGUGGAACAAGAGCACUCAGGCACCCCGGGAAAAGAGGGGGCCAAGAGAUCCCUGGGCCCAGUGAGCUGCAAUCCCGCUAAGAACAACUACCACCCCAUCGAGGAUGCCUGCUGGACAGGGCAGAAGGUUCCUUCCCUGGCUGUGGCCCGGACAUUUGAGAAGACUGAAGAGGUUUCUGCUCGGCUCCGGAUGGUGCAGACGCUGAGCGACUUGCUGCGCUCUGUGGUGGCCCUGUCCCCUCCAGACCUGCUCCCGGUCCUCUGCCUCACCCUUAACCGCCUUGGGCCUCCCCAGCAGGGCCUAGAGCUUGGCGUUGGUGGUGGUGUCCUUCUCAAGGCCGUGGCCCAGGCCACGGGCCGCCAACUGGAAUCUGUCCGGGCUGAGGCUGUUGAGAAGGGAGACAUUGGGCUGGUGGCUGAGAACAGCCGCAGUACUCAGAGACUGAUGCUGCCACCACCCCCUCUUACCACCUCUGGGGUCUUCUCCAAGUUCCGGGACAUUGCCCGGCUCAGCAAUGCUUCCAUGACCAAGAAGAUGGCUAUCAUCAAAGGCCUCUUUGUUGCCUGCCGCCACUCAGAAGCCCGGUUCAUCGCCAGGGCCCUGAGUGGACGGCUGCGCCUCGGGUUGGCCGAGCAGUCGGUGCUGGCUGCCCUUUCCCAGGCUGUGAGCCUCACACCCCCAGGCCAAGAAUUCCCUCCGGCCGUGGUAGAUGCUGGGAAAGGCAAGACCACAGAGGCCAGAAAGACAUGGCUAGAGGAGCAAGGCAUGAUCUUGAAGCAGACAUUCUGUGAGGUACCUGACCUGGACCGAAUCAUCCCUGUGCUGCUGGAGUAUGGCCUGGAGCGACUCCCGGAGCACUGCAGGCUGAGCCCAGGGGUCCUCCCUCUGAAACCUAUGUUGGCCCAUCCCACUCGGGGUGUCAGUGAGGUCCUGAAACGCUUUGAGGAGGCAGCCUUCACCUGCGAGUUCAAAUACUAUGGGCAGAGGGCACAGAUCCAUCUUCUAGAAGGCGGGGAGGUGAAGAUCUUCAGCAGGAAUCAGGAAGACAACACAGGGAAGUACCCCAACAUCAUCAGCCGCAUCCCCAAGAUUAAACUCCCCUCAGUCACAUCCUUUAUCCUGGACACUGAAGCUGUGGCUUGGGACUGGAAAAAGAAGCAGAUCCAGCCGUUUCAAGUCCUAACCACUCGCAAACGGAAGGAAGUAGAUGCUGCAGAAAUCCAGGUGCAGGUGUGUCUGUAUGCCUUCGACCUCAUCUACCUCAGUGGAGAGUCUCUGGUCCGUGAACCCCUGUCCCAACACCGGCAGCUGCUCUGGGAGAACUUCGUAGAGACAGAAGGCGAGUUUGUCUUCGUCACCUCUCUGGACACCAAGGACAUGGAGCAGAUUGCUGAGUUCUUGGAGCAGUCAGUGAAAGACUCCUGCAAGGGGCUGAUGGUGAAGACCUUGGAUGUUGAUGCCACCUAUGAGAUUGCCAAGAGGUCACACAACUGGCUCAAGCUGAAGAAGGACUACCUUGAUGGCGUGGGUGAUACCCUGGACCUCGUGGUGAUCUCUCCGUGGAACACGUGUAGUGAGGCACAUAAGUAGCCUCGGCCUGGGGUGGAACCUGAGGGGGCAUUAGGGAUGCACAGGUAGCCCAUUGGUCUUAGUUUGGCGCCAGAGGUAAUUCCUAAGGGUGGGGGAAGAUAGGACCUCCUUGGCUUUACCGGCUACAGUUUCCGGCCUGGGCCAGCAACUCUUUCAGAUAUUUAGUACAAUAUAUAAUAAAAAGCACCAUCUGUCAGUGGCCAAGAGGGACAUUUUAGUCCUGGGGAACAGCUGUGCCAGGUGUGGCUGCAGCUGCCUGUGCAAACCCAUUGCUUGAGCGACUGAGGUGAGGAGAGCUCGGUCUCACAAGUUUGAGACCAGCCUUGGCAACACAGUGAGAACCCCAUCUCAAAACAAAGGAAAGCAAGGAGGACCCUGGAGAAACACAAAAUUGGGUAGAUUCUAUGCCCUAUGUACCAGGAUCAAUUUUAAAUGAGGCAGAGAUAUAUUUAUAUGCAAUAAACCGGAGAGCAUUAGAAGAAAACAUAACCUAAAAUUUCUUUUGUAAUGGGGGACUCGAGCCCCGUAUAGUGGUAUAUGCCUGUGAUCCCAGCACUAGGGAGGCAGAGGCAGGAGGCUCACCAUAAGUUCAAAACCAGCUCGGCCUACACAGUGAGUUCAAGACCAUUCUUAACUACAUAGCAAGAUUCUGUGUCAAAAAAGAAAAUAGGGCAGGGACAUGCUUGGGGUAGGGGUUCUGAAAACUUUCUAAAUUAUGGCUUAAAAUUCAGUAAAAUUUGAAAAAUUGAUAAAUUCCAUUGUAUUAAAUAUUUUUAAGGAAGAUCAAAAGGUAAAUGAGCAACAAAGGUAGGCAAAGUUGUUUGUGACUUAAACCAAGGGCUAACAUUCCUGAGGUUUAAAGAUUAAAAACCUGGUAUUAAAACAAUGGGUGAAAACCGUGGAGACAACAGUGCUUAAAACGUUAAAUGAUUUCAGCCUGACUCCGAAGUCAAGUCUGGUUUAAAAACACACCAAAACACCAUUCCUUACUGAUCAUUUUGACCACAUGCCGUGCGCAAGGUCGUGGGUACACGUCUUCAUGUGUUGGUGAUGGGCUGUCACGGUGGGAAGGCAGGUGCUUAUCGUCUAGCAGUAGCUGUGUGUGUGAUUAUUACAAAAAUGAGAAGUGACAGAUAUGAGACUCUUCAGUGCAAUGCUUUUUAAUAACAGAGACUUGCCCACCGAGGUCUGGCUGAGUGAGCCAGUACUCUGCAGCGAAAUUCUGAGUGCAGUGGAGCAGCUCAUAGCUAUAAAAAGAAGGGAGUUCUAAAGGCCUCUGCAUGCUUCUGUGGAGGGAGCUCUAGGGUGUUUGAUAAAGGAAAAAGCAAGGUGCAGCGCAGUUUCGGUGUAACUGGUGCACUAGAGAAGGGGAUAUGAAAACGCAUUCCUAGAGUGGAUGUACAUAGAGCACACGUGUCUACCUGUGUGCACACUUACAUGCAUCUGCUUUUCUUUUCACAAGGAAACACAGACCACUUACUACUUGGAGGGAAAGGAAACAGGGUAAAGGAGGUAGGGAGAUGGGUCCUCCCAUUCCGAGUUUUGACUUGAAAACUAUGAACUUUUAGGGCGGCGGGGCGUAUACAGUAAAUGCCAAAGCAUUUAGCACAUUACUGCUUUCUAAGCAGAAUCUGUAGCUCAGUGCAGAGCACUUGCCUGCCACGGUUGAGACAUGUGUUUGAUCUAUAGUACCACAAAAAGAAAACCUCACUGCCCCUUCCUAGUCCACCCUCACACUGCUCCAGGGUGGUCUUUAAACACAACUUCUACUCAGAGGAACUUGGGGUCUUCAGAAAGCUGGCUUAUUCUAGAGUAUGUGUAAAAUGACUCUUACACCUCAAAACCAGGAGGCUGUUUGAAGACAUUCAGAGGUCCCCAGUAUCACCAUAAAGGCGCUGUGCCUACCCAAAGAUGGGGCAGUUAGAACAUCCAAGGAAUAAAAACUCCAGGUGACUACAACAAGAUGGUAGAGGACCACCUUGUUACUCUGAAAAUCACAUUUAAAAAAUGGUUUUUAUUUUUUGUCCUAUACAAACUGUUGCAUACUAAUUAGCUGAUUGAUGAGAGAAACAUUUUAAAAUAGAAUUCCAGGUAAUAAAUAAAUUUUAGAAUCAGAAAAUUAUUUUUGUACAUGUUGAUGAAAUGGUGGAUUUCAUUUGAGAUCAUCUAUGAUUGUCAAAUCAGACACAAGAUUGAUGGGAGACUUAUGUUUAGUAUCAGUAACUUAGUAUCAGUAUACUUGGUAGAUGAUAUUCUUACCAAUGCAAUUGAACCUGAGUCUCUCAACCAUUGUGUACAAAUUGGAGACAAGUAAAAUUACACUGAUCAAGAGGAAACAACUAGCCAGAUUUAAAAUGUGGGACAUUCUAGAGGACAAAUAGAUUUUUCUUCCAAAAAUGAUGUUUAAGUCAAAAACUGUGAUUGAGACAUUUACUUAGGGCCAAGAUGAAAGAAUAGGCUUGUGUUAUCCUUCUUGCCUGAAACAAAAAGAAAAAGACAACAAAAUAUAAAACAAUUUUAAGAGCCCAGAUAUCAAGCAGCAAAGGCUAGAGAUCCCAGAGAAGUUGGAAACUAAUGAGAUGAGCCUAGAAUUGUUUGGUGUCAGUGUCUUGAGAAAGUUCCCAGGCCUCUGUACAGAUGAGUCACACCAGAGCUCAGUGAACUCCCUCAUUUAGACAAAAGAGCUAUAUAGACCAGGGAGAACAAGGUAGCUAGCAUUCCUGGAACACAGCGAUGAGGAGCAGAGACGUGCACAGGUUAAGUCAGAUCCACAGGUCUGCCUGCAGUGUGAGAGCCCCCGUGUGAGAAAACCACCCAGACUGCAAGGGGGGCGCGCAGCAUGCUGGUCACCUGGCCUCUAGGAGGCAGUGUGCCUUGUAUUCCAAACUGAGCUCUGGCUGCUUCCUUCCCCAUGUGCUCUCCCUGCAGCCUCCCCAUGUGAGGUAUGCUGUGCUCUGAGCUGCUGUAGCCCAGAAGCUACAGGAUCAUCUUCAACCCUUUCUCCUCUCAUGCCUGUAUCUAAUCCAGUUGUCUUCAGAAUAUGUCUCAUACACUGUGACCAAUGAGGAAAACAUGGAAACCAGUUCCCUUUCCAGUAGCAUCAAAAAAGAAGAAAACACUUAGAAAUAAACUUAGCCGAAGCAGAUGAAAGGCUUACACCCUGAAAACUAUAAAAUAUUGCUGAAAAUAAUUGAAGAAGAUGCAAAUACAAGUUCAUUAUUCCUCAUCUGAGGUGGUCAGAAACAAAAUGUUUCAGAAUUCAGAGGUUUUUAAAUUUUUGGAAUAUUUGCAUCAUAGACUUUACAGGUUGAACAUUCCUAGUCCAAAUUCCAAAGUGCUCCAAAUCCUGAAAUGUUUUGAACACCUGAUUUCAGAGCAUUUGGGGUUUUUAGAAUAGGGAUGUUAAGUUGUAAAUAGAAAGAUAUCUCGUGUUCACGCAUUUAGAGAUUGCAGAUAGUUAAGUUGUCAGUGCUAUCCAAAGCAAUCCAUAGAUUCCUUCAGUACUGUUCCUAUCAAAAUCCUAAUGAUAUUACUUGCCAAAUAAAUACCAGAUAAAUCCACCCCCAAACUAGUAUGAAGUUUCCGGGGAUCUGAAACAGCCAAAACAAUCUUGAAAAAGAAGGAAGAAGUUGAAGGUCUCAAACUUAACUGAUUUUAAAAUGCACUACAGCCAGGCAUGGUGAUACACAUCUAUCAUCAUAACACUCGAGAGGCUGAGGCAAGAUCAUUGUGAAUUUGAGGCCAGCCUAGGAUACAGUGAGUUUAAGGCCAGCCUGUACUAUACAGCAAGUCUCUGUCUCAAAAAAAAAAAAUAAAUAAAUAAAAUACAAAAUAUACUACAAGGGCCAGGGGUUUAGCUGAGUGGUGUAAGUGCCUGCUGGGUAAGCGGGAGGUUGUGAGUUCGAUCUCCAGCACCAAAAAAAAAAAACCUACAAAGGUACAGUCAGACCCUAUGGUGCUGGCAUAGAGAUAGGAAAGAGGAGGAAAAAAGAGGGCCAGAGGAUUCAGUGAGGUAAGGAGUUUUCUGCUGUGGUAUGCUUGACCAAUUGGAUGUCCACACCUAAAAGAAUGGACUGACCUCUUACACCACCAAUAAAAAUUAACUGAAAUGGACCAAUGACCUAAACAUAAAGAAACAAUUAAAAAGAGAAAAGCUUCUUCACAUUGGGUUUGGUAUUAAUUUAUUGGACAUGACUCCAAAAGCAUAGGUAACAAAAAGAAAAUGAUGCAUCAGACUGCAAAUCUUAAAAAUUUUGUGCAUCAAAGGAGAUGAUCCAUGCUGUGCAUGGUAGAUCCCAUCCUGUAAUUCCAGCACUCAGGAGGCUGAGGCAGGAGACUCAAGGCCAACCUAAGCCACAAAGUGAGUUCAAGGCCAGUUUGAAUUAUAUAAUGAGACCCUGUCUCCGAAAAAAAAAAAAAAAAAAGACCACAAAGAAUGAAAAGGCAGCCCAUGGGAUGGCAAAAAGUAUUUUUGUAAAUCAUUUAUAGGGAAUUAUCUGUAGAAUAUACAAACGCUUGCAAUUCAGUACAACAAAAGACCUAAUUAAGAAACAAGCAAAAGACCCUUUAGAUCCUUCUCUAAAGAAGGCACACAGAUGGCCAGUGAACACAUGAAAAGAUCUUCAGCCUCGCUCAGGGUUGAGGAAAUGCAAGGUGAAACUGUGGUGACUGCUGGGGUGUCUGUGAUGGGUCGAGCCCUGGUAGACACGUAGGAUGUGUCCACUGGGGAAGAUGGCACGGCAGUCCUUUGAAAUAUUAAACACUAACUUAAUACAACCCAGUCAUUCCACUCAGGGCUUAUACCCAAAGGAAUUGAAAAGAAACAGAUACUGUACACCCACAUUCGUGGCAGCAAACUCGAAGUAGCCUGAGCCCAUCUACAGAUGAACGGAUAAACAGACUGGAUGUACACAGACAAUGCAGUGUCACUCAGGGAACACUACACAUCCACAUGCAGGCCUUGGAGGUCUUCAGCAAAGCAAAAAUAUACUGGUCACAAAAGCACAAAUGCUUUUAUGAUUCCCCUUUUAUUUGAAAAAUAAAAAAUAAUCAAAAUUAAAGUGACAGAAAACAAAAUGGGGUCGCCAGGUACUGGAGGAAGGAGAAAUGGAGAGGAGGCUGUUCAGUUUUGCAAGUUUAAGAAAGGUUUUUGGGUUGGUUUUUUGGUGGUGUUAUGAUUAAGGGUAGGAAAAUUUAUUGGAGAAAAGGAAUGAGGAAUAGGAAUAGCUCCUGAGAGACAGGAGGGAGCCAAAUGGGUUGCGAUUGGCUGCACAACCAAUCCUUAACUCACUGCAUUGUGCACUUAAGAUGAUUAAGAUGGUGAGCAGGCACACUUGUAAUCCUGGGACUUGUAAGGCUGAGGCAGGAGAAUGCUGUAAGUUUGAGGUCAGCUAGGACUUCAUAGCCAAAACUUUUUAAAAUGGAAGGGCUUGGGCUAGGGAUUUAGCUCAACGGCAUAAGUGCCUGCCUUGCAAGCAGGCAGUCGUGAGUUCGAUCCCCGGUACCGGUAAAAAAGGAAAAAGACAACAAACAAACAGACAUAAAAUGGAAGGGCUGGAGGUAUAGCUUAGUGGCACAGUGCCUGCCUGGCAAGUGUGGGGUCCUGAGUUAAAUUCCUGGUACCCACAAACAAACAGUAAGAAGGCAAAGUUUGUGGUAUUUUUACUUCAAUUAAAAGAUACUUCUAUUUCUAAAAAGAUAAUAGGAAGCUGAGCAUGAUGGCACAUGCCUGCAGUCCCCGCACGUGGGUGCUGAGACAAGAGGAUUGCAAGUUUGAAGCCAGCCUAGGCAACAUAAUGAAUUAAAGCCAGCCUGAGCUACUUAAUCAGACCCUGUCUCACAAACUAGUAUAAAAUAUGAUAGCAAGGUGGCGUAGGGUUUGUAUACACAAACUGCAUGACAAAGUAGUGUGAAGACCAGAGGGAAGAAAUCGAGAUGUGCUGUGUAAGGCCCUACACUCUAACAUGCAGAGCAAUUACUUGAAGUUCAACUGUGAUGUGAUGAAUCCCUAAAACCAUUAAAAUAACAAGUUAUAAUGAUAGCCAACAAAGGAGAUAAAGGGAACCACUAAAUAUUCGCAGUCCAAGAAAGGGAAAAAUAAACAUGUAGAAUGGGAAAGAACCAUGGAGCAGAUAGACUUAAACCUAACCUCAUCAUUACUACUGUAUAUAAUCUUAACACCUGUUGGAAGCAGAAAUUAGGGGUGGGGUAAAGGGACUGUGUUUAUAACUCAGCAGUAGAACACUUGCAUAGUGUAUUUGAGGACCUGCGCUCCAUACCCAGCAAGAAAUAAAUACAAAUAAGUUUUUAAAAAUGGGAAAAGCUAUACCAUACCAACACAAAGUAAGACAGAAGUUAAUGUGGCUAUAUGAAUGCCAGACUAGAUGUGAGCACAAAAAUCGUUUCUUAAUAAAAUGACUACUUUGCCACAAGAUUGUUGUAGUUCUGAAUGUGUAUGUGAUUCUGUAAAAGGUGAUGGAACUGCAGGAAAAAAUAAUCAGGCCCACAGUUAUACUCAGAGAUUUCAGCAUCCUUCUUUCAAUAAUUGGAAGAAUUUACAGACAAAUCAGUAAGUAUAUAACACUUGAACAGCAUAAUCAACUAAUUUAUAGUGUUUGGCAUUUAUAGAAAACUCCACUCAAUAAAAAAAACAAUACAUGGGGCUGGGGAUUUAGCUCAGCGGCAUAAGCGCCUGCCUUGCAAGCAGGCAGUUGUGAGUUCGAUCCCCGGUACCGAUUAAAAAAAAAAAAAAAACAGAAUACACAUUCUUUUCAGGUGUAUUCUAGACCAUAAAACAAAUCUCAGUAAAAUUAAAAGGAUUCAAAUUCCCCCAAAAUAUGUUCUCUGGACACUUGAAAGUAAAUAACAAAUCAGUAACAAAAAGCUCUCUGAAAAACCUCCAAACAUUUGGAAAUUAACUUCUAAAUAACCCAUGGGAUAAAGAAGAAAUCAAAAGGGAAAUUAGAAACCAUUAACUAAAUGAAAAUUACUAAAAUUUAGAAGAUGCCACUUAGCCUGUACAUAAAAAUAAAAAUGUAGGCUUAACAUUUGUAGGGUUUUUUUUCACUCUUUGGUCUUUAAAACAGGCCUCGCUAUGCAGUUCAGGCUGGCCUUGCACUCACUUUGUAGCCUAAGCUGGUCUCAAACUUGCAAGUGAUUCUCCUGCCUCAGCCUCCUGCGUGCUGGCACUGCAGGAGUGCACCACCAUGCCCAGCUUAAGAUUCAUAGUAUUUUAAAAUGUAGUUAUACAUCAAUGUUUGCCAUUUACAUACAUGCAAUUUAAUCCAGUUAUAUCUCUAUAAAACUAUUUUAAAAGACUGGUAGGUAGGACUCACAGAUUAAAAAGAAGCUUGAGAAGCAUAAGACCAAACGGAGUGUUCAGACCGGUGUCCUGAUUGAAAGAAACAAGCUUUCAAAACACAUUCUGGAGCCAGGUGUAGUAGCACACAUCUGUAAAUCUAGCACUCUGGGGGGUUGAACCAUGAGGAUCACAAGAUUGAGCCCAGCCUGGGCAACUUAGCAGCUUGCUAAGACCAUGUUUCAAAAUAAAGCAUCUUUAAAAAGACGUAGUGAUGUAGCUGAGUGUGAAGGCUGUGGUUUCAGUUCCUAGUCCCAGAAAAGAAAGAGAGGAAGAGAAGCAGAAAAAAAGAGAAAAAGGGAAGGGAAAGAAAAAGACACGACGUAGCAUUCUGUGCAAGGUAGGGUUGUCGUACAGUCUGAGUAAGGCCCAGCGUUGAGGGGUUAUGGAGUUGUCUUAGGUGAGCCAGUGGCGUCAAACAGAAGCCCGUCAGGCAUUUGUGGUGAGGGCUGAGCGCGGUCACGUGCUGCUUGCUAUGACACAGUAACGAGGGGGAAACGUGAAAAUAUGGAUAAUAUAUUGAUCAUUGAAAUUUGAAUGUAGGUACAUGGUUGAUCAUUAGAUUACUCUUGUGUAUUUUCAAAUUUCACCUAAAACUUUGUGCUUUUGUGAUUUUUUUUUUAAGAAUUUUUCUCAUCAAAUCUAAGCUCUCCCGUGUUUUUUGCCAGCCUUCCUCCUUCAGCUUCAGGAUCUCCCUCUGCUCACAGAGAUCCAGUGUAACAAAAAGAGUGGCCUUUCACCCCUGUGUGCCUGGGGCAGUGUCAGUUGGGACCUGCCAGCCCAGGGAGACACUGGCUUGUAGUGAAGCGGGGGUGCUGACGCGCCCUUUCCCUCCCGUGCCUGUGCUUCCCGCUUGCCGCACCACACAGUUCCUUAGUUCAGCACCCUGCCCCUCCCCAGAGCUCUUCCUUAGCACACUCCUUCCUCCCCAGCUGUCCAAGGCGUGGCCCUGGUAGAACUUCUGGAAAGACCUGGCCACGUCUGUCCCCUGCCCUGCCCUUUCCUGUGCCUUCUACUGCCGCUCCACCCAGGGCGGGCUUGCUUCUAAAUUAAAUGAACAUGUGUUUACUGGUUUCCCCAGUUCAGAUAGCUUCUCAGGGUUAGGAGUUCACUGCCUUUUCACCUUGGGGCUGUGGCAUAGCCUACCUCACCUGGAACAGUGAUGUGCUUCCUCAGGGUACGGAGCAAGGUAGUGACAGACCCACAGGCUGACCCAUAACCUCAUCUUUUCCCAGACUUGAUGAAAUGGGGGGCGGGGGGUUUAGGAGCACUGGCAUGUCUUCACCAGGCAGUUUGUACCCCAGAGUCAGCAUCCCUGGAGCACAAUCUGAAAGCUGGUAGAGCAGGGAAGGGGAGCACAGAUGCAGACCACGUCAAUGCUGUAACAUCACAUGGUUAUCAAUACAAAAUGCGGAGGUGGUGAUGCUACCUGCCUUUUUCACUACAUACACUUUUUUUUUGUUUGUUUGUUUGAGGCAGGGUUUCACCGUGCAGUUCAGGCUAGCUUUGAACUCAUUUGUAGCCCAGGCUUUUUGAGUUCUCAAACUCAAAAGCAGUCCUCCUGCCUCAGCCUCUUGAGCGCUGGGAUUAUAAGCAUGUGCCAUCACACAUGGCUGUAUACAGUUUUUAUUGAACAAGUUUUCUAAUUGUUUUUAGAAUCCUCAUAUGAUAUGACAGAGUGAUGUAGACAAUUAGGGACUUUAUAUCUUUAUUUUAAAAUGACCACUAUGAUUCAUAGAACAUAACACUUAAUGUCUGUCUGUAUUUGCCAUUUUCAUAGCGUCGCCUUGGAGAUGCAGCCAAGAAAGCCAUCAGUAAAUUGACGACCAGAACAGUAAAAAAAGGCGAUAAGG